CAUAUUUUCCUUCUUCUGUUGAAAAGCUGAAUAAAAUAAUAAUUAUAACAUCUGAAGACGAUAGCAGUGAAUUCCUUACCAUUGAACUCGACCAUUUUCUCUGUCAGCAACGCAAAGAAGUCCUUUAUCGGGAACAAGUGUCAAAGCAUGUGGAACUGCGAAUGCAUUGGGAGCGAAGUUAAAUUUCACUAUUCUACUGUUACAAUAACCAUCAGCAACAAAGAAGUCUCCAUUAUCUAAAGUCGCAACUGAUGUCGGUUUACAAAAUAGUUUAGCAGAUCUUCC